UAAGCACAACACAAUUGAGCCGCACAAAAUGAGACAGUCUAUACGCAUUGACAUCCUGCCCGUCAUCAUCGUCAUCCUCAUCGUCAUCGGUAGCGCCAGCGUCGGUGCCGUGAACAUUGCCGAUUGUAAUGAUAUAGCAGAUGGAGAAUUUAUUGAUAACCCACAGACGCAAUGCGCGCAUAGCUUAAUCUAUUGCGAUGGCGUGAAUUCUAUGUUCUGUGAUAGGACAGAUUGGUGUGAUGCAGACUUCACCUGUGAUGGACAAAUCGCAAGCACAACAGCUUCAUCAAUUACUUCGGGUCGGAGUACAAUUAGCACCAGCAUCAGCACCAGCACCAACACCACAGAUACACCCUUAACCACCACAAUUUCCGCCACAACGGAUGUGCGGUCAUUGUGUCGACAUGGUGUUACCCAAAAGUACAAAUAUCCCGGCAAUUGCAACUAUUACUAUUAUUGUAUGGAUGGUUUUCUGAUUGUCGAACAGUGUCCCAUUGGUUAUGCGUUCAAUGAGCCAAAUGGCACCUGCAGUGGACGCAUCGCUGACAUACCGGAUUGUAGGCAAUAAAAAAGAACAUAUUUUUUUAAUUAAGAACUAUGUUGUGUUAAACUGUAUUGUAACAAAUAAAAAAAUAUGAGCUAACUGCCUUAUCGUAGUACAUGAGCCGAAUGCGCCUAUAAAGCACACGUCUUUUGGUGUCUUCGCCAACAGUUAUC